AUGCUCUUCAGUUCGACGGACCUGAACUUCAAGACCAAGGUGGUGGCAUCCGGCAUCCAGUCUGUGGCGUCAGUGCUGGAACUUGCUCUUCACAACGCAGAUGACUUCCCCAUCGAGUGGCGCAUUGACACGGAGCCCCUCAAGAAGUUCAUGGGGGUUUUCACUGUGGAUCCGCCCGGUGGCAUCUUGCAUCCGGCGCAGGACUGCCUCGUUCGAGCGGCAUUUAUGCCCAACGAGCCAGUGGAGUACAAGGCGAAUAUGAACGUCUACAUCUCGCCACCUCGGGAUGCUGGCAAGACCGCUGACGCCAGCAUGGCCCUGCCUGCGGAUGAGAGCAAGCCUUACCUCUCCCUUCGGAUGAAGGGCCAGGGCACCGUGCCCAAACUGACCUUCGACCGCCGCGAGAUCGUCCUGCCGAUCGUGCCCUUGGGCAUUAAGUCAAGAUGCUUGUUCUACAUCGUGAACGAGGGCUACGAGAGCCUCGAUGUCAAGUAUCGGCUGCCGAACGAUCAGAUUCGCAUCCCGCUGACGAUCAACUUUCCGGAGGGGCAGCAGAUUGGAAUCACAAAGCCGAAGAUCCCGGUGGAAAUCUUCUUCCAGUCGAACAAGCCGAUUUCCUUCUGUGCCAAGAUUGAAUUCCUGGACAACGAGUCAGGCUCGUACGUCUUGCCGGUGUCUGGGACCACGGAGAACUGCAUCCUGACAU